AUGGCACAGGACCAAACACAGCGUAAAGUUCCUCACUGGUCCCCCAAGGUCCUUGACUACGAUGUUGCCGGCGUGGUUUUCGCCGUGGAACCGGACGCUCCGUCUUCAAAGUUGUACCACGCCGUUGACGAACGCAUUGUGGGCCGCAAACCCGCCUCCCUCAGCUUUGCGGAUGCGGCGGCCUUGCCACUGACCAGCAUCACCGCAUGGGAAGCCCUGUUCCAUCGCCUUGGAGUUCCGACUUCAUCAGCUGGUGCCGCUACCACUUCGACCAAGAAAAAUGCAUCGGUGCUCAUCCUCAACGGCGCUGGAGGAGUCGGAUCGAUUGCCAUCCAACUGGCCAAACAACUCACGGACUUGACCGUGAUCGCGACGGCGUCUCGCCCAGAAUCCGAGGCGUGGGUCAAAGAUCUGGGGGCCGACCACGUCGUCAACCACCGCGGAGACAUCGUGUCCCAGCUAUCCGCCCUCGGCUUCCCCCAAGUCGACUACAUCCUCGUCUUCACGGACCUUCCUCCUCACUUUGACACGAUUAUCGAGGUGAUCAAACCCCAAGGCAAGAUCUGCGCCAUCGCGAGUUUCCAGGACAACUUGCCGUUCCAAAAGUUGUUUGCCAAGAGCGUCACGUUCGUGUGGGAGCUCAUGUUUACUCGUGCUGUGUUCAACACUGAAGACAUCAUUGAGCAACAUCGUCUGCUGAACCAAGUCAGUGCAUUGGUGGAUGCCAAGCGACUUCGCACUACGGUGGGCAAGACGUUUGGGACGAUCAACGCUGCGAAUUUGAAGCUAGCCCAUGCAGCGUUGGAAGCCCGCACUGUUGUAGGUAAGGUCGUCCUCUCGGGAUUCUGA